AACUUCAGGAAUGUGUUCUCAUUGGCUGAAGAUUGGAAUAAUUCUGCCAACGGUCACGGGUAGCGGAGCAGUAUGGGCAGAAUAAGUUGUGACAACAAUAUUUCGGGUAAACAAACAGUCGACUGCAUUAUUUGACCUGGCUGUGUUUUAAGUAUUUUGACAGCUAGACACAAGUACUAAAGUAAUUAUUUUGUUUUUUUGUAGUAAAUAAGCGCUCAGCAUAAUUUAUCGUGCGUUUGGCAGUACAGCGUGCUGCUCCUUAUGGGACGAAGCUAACGUUACCAUGCUAGCUAGCUAACCUCUUUACUUACAAAGCUAGUGAGCGAACGUUAGCUAAAUUACUUAGCUAGCUUCUUGCUAGCCACGUCAUUUUGGAUUACGAAUUGACUCAAGAUUGUAGCGCCAUGGGCACACAGAUGUCAAGCUACUCGGGAUAAUUUGAAAAACGAUUAACGCCGCUAGCCACUUUUACGUUACAGCCAACGUUACUGCGCCUGGGAAGUGAUGAGUUACAGUUGCCGAAUGUUUGUCAGUACGUCCCCGAAGAUGGGACCUAUUCGACAGAGACUAGACUUCAACCAGAGCGACGGCGAGGACGAUGGCAACAACAGCAUUGGAGUCGAAAUGUACUCUCCAGUGCAAUCGCCGAGACAGAACUUAAACCAAGACGUCUGUAACAGCACCAUGAAGAUACCUACGGCGGAGGAUCGCGUUGAAAUUUGGGAUGAGGAGGGGUUUGGAUGUCUUUCUCCCCUAAAAUCACCAGGGACUUACUUGAUGAAGGGGUCCCCUUCUCCUAGAAAGGGGACCCGGCCCUACAAUAACAACUACAACAGCUCGUCCCCGGAGUUUUCCGACAAUCAGGAGGAUGGGAGCUCUCCCAUUCCUGAUUGUCCGGACACGCCGCCCCAUAAAACCUUCAGAAAACUCCGGCUAUUUGAUGUCCCCCACACACCGAAGAGUCUGUUGUCCAGAGCCAGGGCAGAGGCCACAGGAUCCACAGUCCACCGGGUAGGAGUAGGUGUCUACAUGAAUGGGGACUCAACAGGAAGAACACACACAGACAGCAGGAGUAGACAGACACCCAUGAUCAACAUCAAUCCAUUCACCCCUGACUCAUUACUGAUCCAGACAGCAACGUUACAAAGGAACAACAGAAAGAGAUCACACAGGAAUGACUCAUGUGGAGAGGACAUGGAAGCCAGUGAUGCAGAGUGUGAAGAGGACAUCAUUCCACCUUCAAAGAGAAUGACUCUUCUCGAUAGCAACAUGAUGUCAAGAUAUGCCACAGAGUUUCAUGAGCUGGAGAAGAUAGGGUCUGGGGAGUUUGGCUCUGUCUUCAAAUGUGUGAAAAGACUUGAUGGUUGCAUCUACGCCAUCAAACGCUCAAAGAAGCCCCUCGCUGGAUCUGUAGACGAACAGAAUGCACUCCGGGAGGUGUACGCCCACGCUGUCUUGGGACAGCACCCCCAUGUGGUGAGGUACUACUCUGCCUGGUCAGAGGAUGACCAUAUGCUCAUACAGAAUGAGUACUGUAACGGCGGCACACUGGCAGACGUGGUCACAGAGAACUACAGAACCAUGCGCUUCUUCUCUCAGCUGGACCUCAAGGACCUUCUCCUUCAGGUGGCCCGUGGACUGAAGUACAUUCACUCCACCUCACUGGUUCACAUGGACAUCAAGCCAAGCAACAUCUUCUUAUCCCGGAGGACUGUGGUGUGUGUCGGUGAAUUUGACGAUGAUGAAGGACCAAAUACAAAUGUUGUUUACAAAAUAGGUGAUCUUGGCCAUGUGACCAGGAUGGACAAUCCUCAAGUUGAAGAAGGGGACAGCAGGUAUCUGGCCAAUGAAGUCUUACAAGAGGACUACAGAAACCUCACCAGGGCAGAUAUUUUUGCCCUAUCACUGACUGUGAUCAGUGCCUCAGGAGCUGAACCACUCCCAACUAAUGGUGACAAGUGGCAUGACAUCAGACAAGGAAAACUACCUGCGAUACCUCAAGUGCUCUCACAGGAAUUCCUAAGUUUACUGAAGUUGAUGAUCCACCCUGACCCUGCCAGGAGGCCGUCUGCAUCUUCCCUCACCAAGCACCCCGUCCUCCUCACUGCCUCCCGCAUGAGCGCUGACCAGCUCCGUGUGGAACUCAACGCAGAGAAGUUCAAAAAUGCGCUUCUGCAGAAGGAGCUGAAGAAGGCCCAGCAGGCCAAAGUAGCCGCGGAGGAGAAGGUUCUGACCUCCGAUAGGGUCCUGACGCGCUCCACCCUCCAGUCCAGCAGGAGCUCCAGGCUCAUCGGCAAGAAGAUGAACCGCUCAGUUAGCCUGACCAUCUACUGAGAGGGCCGACUGCCAACCCAAAUGGGUAUCAGACUGGGUCGUAUUCACUAGGCACGACAUGGAAACAAACAGACCAAAACGGUGAGGGACUACCUGAAAUAGUCCAAAUAGAAAUGCUUGUUUUCUGUUGCAAAACGUUUUGCUACCGUGUGCGCUAAUGAAUACGACCCUGGUUGCACUCGACAGUGAACUGGGAAGGCCUCCCUAUGCAGACAUGGACAGAUGGGCUUCAAAGCGUACAAACCGACUAUGAUAGUUCUUACUGUUUGGUACUUGGAAAGGGUUAGUAAGACAAUGGACCAAAUGUAUUUGACUCUAAAGAGUGAAAGGGUUGUGACCUUCCCAAGCACUUGGCAUGUUCUGGCAAUUGGUAUUAAAGAACAAAGCCGGUUUUGUUUUUAAUGAAAUGUGGGUGCAUGCUAGAACUUUCUGUUGCCAGUGUGAGGGUUUGGGAUGGUGUGAUACAAAUGUGCACCUUACUGUCUGUGUUUUACCUGAUGUCAGGUAGUGGAACUGGACCAUUGACUAAGAAUGAUACAAUGAGCACUUUGAACUUGCCUUAUGCAACUGUUUGCAUCCUGUUUUGCUCAGUUGGUAGAGCAUAUCGCUUGCAACGCCAGGGUUGUGGGUUUGAUUCCUACGGGGGACCAGUACGCAAAGUAUGAAAAUGUAUGCACUCACUACUGCAUCUGCUAAAUGUAAAAAUGCAUACUGCUGCUAUAUAUGUUGGUUUGUCUUGAACUGUAGUAGAGUUCAGUGAAUUUAUAAAUUCCAUUCAAAAGUUUAGAAUAGUUUCAGUAAUCAAUAUCUUCUGUAAAACAUGGAAUUUCAAUGUGUUGCACCUGUAAUACAUUUCCUAUCUGAAGUUCAUUAAGUACUAGGUUUGUACACUGAUUGUUUUAAGAUGUUUUACACAUGUUAGUUUUUCAUGAUGAGUCAUCCAAUCGUGUGUGUGAUGCGGUUGGUCGAAGUGGAUCAUUGUGUCAAGCCCCGGUGUCAUUUUAUUUUAUAUAUAAGAUGCACGGAGCCACUGAACAAUUGUUUUAGUAAAGUCAGUAUUUUAAGCUUGGACUUCUCUCCCUCUGUUCAAAACCUAUAACUGUAGCAUUAUUGACUCAUUUACAUUUUCUCAUGUUUUGCAACUAUGUAUAUUAUGCAUGUAGAUAAUUUUGACAGCUAUUGGUUUCAUGUUACUUGUUCCAAUUUCAAUAAAUUCAUUCCCGACAAUAA